CUCCAGACUCCCAGCGUAGGUAGAAGAUGGCAGCCGAGGCGUGAUUCAAGACCAGGAGGACACUUCUUCUCUCUCUCUCUCUGGCCCCGCGCGCGUUAGUAGGGGGUGCUUAUCUUUUCGUCUCCUAUAACGCCGAGCGGACGUCCGCGGAAGUAGUACGCUAGCGUGGUGCUUUAUCGCGUGUCCAGUGUACCCCAGCUUCAUCGAGAAAAUGUCCUAAAAGAGGACCCCGUCGUUGUCAACGUUUUAUACCACACACACACACACACCGUUGUCGUCGUCAUCGUCGUCGUCGUGCCGGUAGUAUCGCUGAAAUUAUUAUGCGCGACAUGAGCAAAAUCGGAAGCAGCGCCGUCAUCGUAGUGUUUCACGAGCGUCAUGUAAAAUGGAAUUAAACAAUGUUGUUAAGACGUAAACAUGUUUUGGCUACACUGUGGACUCUUUGUUCUCGUGAUUGCCGUACAUGGAUUUAUUAGCACCGCCGACACCACGUCCAAGCGAGACACCGAUUACACGUUAGAUGAUUCCUAUUGGAACGAAGAAACUCAACCCGGUGAGGUCGAACGAUUACUACGAGAGUAUCGACAAAACCAAGAGCUAGUACGAAAUAUCGGCGCCAAUUACUAUCAAAUCAUCUAUCCAGUACAGUUACGGCAUCACGAGAAAAUGGGGAUAUCCACGAGAGAAGUCGGCGUGACUAAGUUUCCUCAAAGAGGAUACGGGGAGGGAGGAUAUCAAAACUCUAGAGGCAGAUUAAGAAUAGGAAGACACUUUCAUCGGACGUCUCUUCUGAUCAAGGCCUUUAAUCAUAAAUUUCGCCUAGAUUUAGAAUUAAAUACGCAACUUUUAGCUCCGAAUCUUAUACAAAAAGAUUAUUUACAAGACGGUGCGGAAAGUAGUUCUAAACAGGAAAUAGAACAUUGUUAUUAUCACGGCACCGUGAGAGAUUAUCCAGGAGCUAGUGCCGCUUUUCACACGUGUAACGGUGUCAGCGGUGUCAUACAUUUAGGCAACGAGACUUUUGUCAUUCAUCCAUUCUACGGCGGCGAUUUGUCGCAGAAACAUCCUCACGUUAUAUUUGAAGCUCGAACAAAGGCGGACAAAGGGUGCGCUAAUUCGGGAACCAGCGAGUGGCGUAACCGUAGGCAAAAGCAUAUUUUGUGGCUAUCGGAAAACACUUCCGAUCGGUACAAGAGAGACGUCCGUGAAACAACCAAAUACAUCGAAACUGCCGUCAUUAUCGAUAAGGCUAUGUUUGACAAAAGAAACGGUAGCACCAGAGCCGAGGUUGUUCACGAUGCCAUCCAAGUUGCUAAUAUCGCGGAUUUGUAUUUCCGUACAUUAAAUACUAGAGUUUCCGUCGUAUACAUCGAAACCUGGCAAGGUGCUAACCAAGCGAAAAUCACUAAAGAUAUGGAUAUCGGUGAAGCUAUGGUACAGUUUAGCGAAUAUAUGUUUCGGAAGGUAUACAAUGUUGCUCAGGACACCACCCAAUUGCUUACGGGUGAGACUUUCAGAGGUGGAGAAUCAGGAAUGGCAGCACCACAAACGGUGUGCACUCAAAAAUCAUUAGGAAUCAGCGUUGAUUUAAAUACAUACGAACCCCAUCUUUUAGCUGGUACGAUGGCUCACAUGAUUGGUCAUAACAUUGGAAUGGCGCACGACGAUGGACGAAGCGAAUGCAGCUGCCACGAUUGGCACGGAUGUAUCAUGGCGCAAUCCAUCGUCGGAUUGCAAAACGUUCAGCCCUACAAGUUUUCCGAAUGUAGUAAAUCAGAUUAUACAAAAGCUUUAAGAAGCGGCCACGGCCUUUGCCUUUUUAAUAAACCAAACGAGUUAGAAAUCAGGAGAACAUGCGGAAACAGGGUAAUAGACGAAGGGGAACAAUGCGAUUGCGGAUCGCACGAGGAAUGUCAUGAACUCGAUCCUUGCUGCGAUCCGAUCACCUGUAAACUCACUAGUGAGGCCCAAUGUGCUUCCGGACCUUGUUGUAACAACUGCAAGUUACGUGCGCGAGGAAUCGUUUGCCGUGAAUCAACGAACGAGUGCGAUCUUCCGGAAAUUUGUGACGGAAAUACAGGCCAAUGUCCACCGGAUGUUUAUAAGAAAAACGGAAGCCCGUGCUCGGAUAAUACGGAUUACUGCUUCAACGGCAUCUGUCCGGCUUUGAAUCUCCAAUGCAAGCAGGUUUGGGGUUACAGCAGUAUCGCAUCGGACAAGCAAUGCUUCGAACAAUUCAAUUCUAAGGGUUCCAUCAACGGGCAUUGCGGCACCGACGCUUCCGGUCAUUUCGUCAAAUGCGAAUCGGAGAACAUUCGUUGCGGAUCCCUUCAAUGCCAAGAUGGGUAUAAACAACCGAUUAUCGAAGGAAUGGAUGAACUUUUUACCAUUACCAAGAUAACGAUGAAGGGUCAGGAACACCAGUGCAAAGUGACCACUGGAAAAGUGGAAGGUUCCGACAUGCCAAGUUGGGGAUUGGUUCGUGACGGCACGUCUUGCGGUGAUAAUCUGAUCUGUGUAAAUCAAACCUGUAUGAGCCUUUUCCUUCACUUAAGUCAAGACAAAUGUCCCAGUAAUCACAAUAACAACGAAUGCUCAGGAAAUGGCGUAUGCACAAAUACCAAUAAGUGCUAUUGUAACCCUGGCUGGAGUGGAACGGACUGUUCCAUACAGCAAGACAUUCCAACUUUAGGACCAGCAACAAUUCCAGCUACCGAACCAUCGGAUGUAGGUAGCUCAACUCCUAAUAUGGGGAAGAAAGAGACCCCCUACGAGAACUACCACGGCUCUAACACUGUAUUUUUAGUUGGUAUGCUCAUGUCGGUGGUAGGGGGUGUUUUCAUAGUAUUUGCUCUGAUGGCUCUCUGCUACAGGUCAGUCGUAGUACAUAAAAACUUCUCCCUCUGUCUCAGAAGAAAGAGCACCGUCCAGAAGUAUGAUCAACCGUACUCGAAAAAGCCACCGCCGAAAAAUUACACCGGGGUUUCGAGCAACCAUCAUCCAGAAGAAGCUGCACUCGACAACGUUAACAAGAUCCUCACUUUUGGAAGGUUUCCACAAUACAGCCACAGUGAUCCCCAACGCGUGCUGUUUCGGCCCUCGAAUAACGUCGCCGCUGCAGACGGGUCAAGACUCAAGGAGCAAAAACCGCAGAUGAAGAGGCGUGACGUCGACGAGGAAGAAGGAGGUACGGGAGGAGAUGAGGUUGUCUCUUUCAUUGCUGUCUCACCAAACAAUCUGACAAAGUUGCCUGAGAAGGGAAUUUUAAAGAAACACGGUUAUGAUAGAGCAGGUAUAUCCGAAGUGCAGCAAACUUUGAAUCAAUUGAAUGGUUAUCACGAGAAUAUAUUGGAGGUAUUGAGAAAAGCUGGGAUUCGUCGUGAUCCAUCCGAGACAGCAUCCGGUAGUGGUAACCUACUUGACAACGAGGCAAUACGUAAAUCAUUGUUGGAGUGCGGUUAUCCUGAUCCUUAUUCCAAGGAUAUAGACGAUCACAUGAACAACAUGGACAACCAGGACGACGAGGAUAUAGAUGUUGGAUUAGAACCAUGCAGUACGAUACGCAUUCGUACUCUCGAGGACAUCAUCAAACAAUUGGAACGUCAUUCUGUUCGGCACAUGAGUCCAAGUGGUUCCGAAGAAAUCAGAAUGUCAGAAAGCGAAGGGGAUCGUCAUUACAGACCAGAUUCUUCCGUCUGUAGCGAAUCCUCCCAAGGAAGCAGAAGGUGUAGCCGCGUCAGGUACGAGGUAUAUCGUCAACCACCGACUCGACUUUACGGUACUCAUCAGCUCCCUCGUCAACACACUCAUCAAAUGCACGAGGAGGAGGGUAUCUAUGAAACUGCCGAUCCCGACAGAGGCUCAAAUACUAGGGGUGAAACGCCCGAUAGUGAAAGUGAUACGUUUAUUCAAGCUCAACAACAAUUAGCCCGGUGGACGAGUGAGGAGGGGGUACAGCACCGACCACCACAACAACCGCCACCACCAUCAUCCGCGCUUACCACGGCACCCGUGCAGUUGCAGCAGCAGCAACAGCAACAACACCAUCACCACCAUCAUCAUCACCAGCAACAGCAACAGCAACAACCAUCACCACAGCAGCAACAACAGCAGCAGCAACAGCAGCAACAACAGCAACAACAGCAGCAGCAGCAACAACAGCAACAACAGCUGCAGCAGCAACAACAGCAACAACAGCUGCAGCAGCAACAGCAACAGCAUCAACUGCCGUUGGAACAACUGCCAAUUAAGCAGCGAGGUUAUUAUCCAUCCCCACCGUUAAAUGACAACAGCAGCAGCAACAGCAGCGUCCUCGCGAACGAUGAUCUUACGAGAAACGCUCAAUCCCAUGCGAAAAUGCUCCCUGACGUUCGUGGAAUCGAUGUUAAUCACUUGCCUAAUAUUAACAAAUGCCCACUAGACGAUAAAUUUAGUCUAGAUUGUAACAUAAAUAAUGGUUCCCCUAAAGAAUUAAAUACCAACAACACUAGUGAUAACGAAAAUACUGCCCUACUGCCCCCUUUGCAUUUUCCUGAGUACAAGCAUUGAUAAUUAUUAAUCGAUGACAGAUAGUGUCCAAAACAUAGUGGUGUGAUUUAAUCUUGAACUCGCAUUUUAUACUGAAUAGUGUAAAUAACGAUAAACUAUGAAUUAACGAACGAG